GUUGAGGGGGCGUGUCAUCGCGCGUUCAGCCGGCGUACAGACGUAAAACAGCAACUGGAACAGCGUGGACAUGGAGGACACACUGCUGUGGAUUGUGGGCGUGUUGUUACUCCUGUUCUGCAGUCUGGAUGUGUGGUAUUACUUGCGGGUAGUGCUUGUGCUGGUCAGGGCCUGGUUCCUCUCACCUGUAUUUGACAUCACAGCAGAGCAGACCGCUAGCGGACGAGUCGUUCUCCAUGACGUUGACCUUUGCCACAUGAACAAUGCACGCUACCUACGCGAGUGUGACUUUGCCCGUUUCUCUUUGUACACUCGCAAUGGGGUAUUCAAGGCUUUAAGAGCUCUAGGGGCCACCAUGGUCGUUGGGGCAUCUACCAUCCGCUAUAGACGGCCGCUGUGUGUCGGUGAGGCGUUUGAGAUUCGCAGUCGAAUCAUUACCUGGGAUGAGAAGUCAUUUUACCUGGAGCAGCGGUUUGUGUCUCGUAAAGAUGGGAUGGUGUCGGCUGUUAUGUUCUGCAAACAGAAUGUCCUGCGCAGCAGUCCGGACAAGAUCCUGCAAUACCUGUGCAAGAGAAAGGUUGAAGUGCCAGAAUUUCCUGAAGACCUGCAGCACUGGAUCAGUUUCAUCUCAGCCAGCAGUAAAGCCCUCAGGGGAGAAAGUCAGCUCGAUGAUAAAAAGAACGAAUGACGGCUCACUGCCUUAAAUUAUCUCUCAAACACUGGUUUACAAACACAAGAACAUACUGAUGCACAUACAUGAAUGUCUCAGGUGUUUGCAUACUCCAGUUCAAAAUAAAACUGUGAGUUCUGCUGUAAUCUAGAAGCCUGAUUCAUGAUGCAUUAUGAUUGUGAAUAUGUAGAAAUACUUUCUUAAAAACAAUGGAUGAACAAAAGAGAAAAUAAUAUUUUCUGGUGUAAUACUGCCACUGACUGGACUGGAGU